GUGCAAAACGUGCACACCGAGCUUGCUCCUGCGGGCACCCGAUUUCCCACACCGCCCCCAGACUCUACUGGAUGAGAACGGAGUUGAAGCCUGGGUGGUUUUACUGCCCACCACAUCCCGCUCUCCUUUGGUGGCUCGCGGGGGGCGGCCCGCGGUAGCGUUCAAAGUGCUGUCUCCAGGGACGCCGCAGCCCCAAGGCCGGUUUGUCCCCCUGCCGUGUCCGGGGGAUCGGGGCUGGAGGAGGGGUGCAGGAGCGAGCCGCAGGGCACACCCGCGGGUCCCACGCCCCGCCGACUGCGCAUCCUGCGGCGCCGACCUCCGCGGGGGGGAAGGCGAGGCGCAGCGGCCGCCGAAGGCUUGGCACCGGCUGGGGCCCCGGGCGGCCGCCGCUCCCUCCGCCGCCCCACCUCUUGCCCGGCCCUCCCCACCCCGCCCCACCGCCCGCCCGCAGGUGCAACCGCGGCGGCCGCCGAGUAGGUGCGUGGGGAUGAUCUCACUCGCGCGCUCCGCGCCAGGAGGAGGAGGAGCGGGAGCAGACCCAACUUCCGGGUAGUGCAGCCGCACGCCACCGGCAUCUUGCUUUUCCUCCCCCUCCCCCCCGCUGCACCCCUCGCCUCUCCCUCCUUUCCUUUAUUCCCGGCCCCACCUGCCAAAAUGAACAGCUCGGACGAGGAGAAGCAGCUGCAGCUCAUCACCAGCCUGAAGGAACAAGCCAUAGGUGAAUAUGAAGACCUCCGAGCCGAGAACCAGAAAACAAAGGAGAAGUGCGACAAAAUUAGGCAAGAACGAGAUGAAGCUGUUAAAAAACUGGAGGAAUUUCAGAAAAUUUCUCACAUGGUUAUAGAGGAAGUCAAUUUUAUGCAGAACCAUCUUGAAAUAGAGAAGACCUGUCGAGAAAGCGCCGAAGCUUUGGCAACAAAGCUAAAUAAAGAAAAUAAAACAUUGAAAAGAAUCAGCAUGUUGUACAUGGCCAAGCUGGGACCAGAUGUAAUAACUGAAGAGAUCAACAUCGAUGACGAAGAUGCCAGCACAGAUCCAGAGGGUGCCGCGGAGACUUGCGUCUCCAUCCAGUGUCAGAAGCAGAUCAAAGAACUUCGAGAUCAAAUUGUAUCUGUUCAGGAAGAGAAGAAGAUAUUAGCCAUCGAAUUGGAAAAUCUCAAGAGCAAACUUGUAGAAGUAAUUGAAGAAGUAAAUAAAGUUAAACAAGAAAAAGAUGUUUUGAAUUCAGAAGUUCUCGAACAGAGAAGAGUCUUAGAAAAAUGCAAUAGAGUGUCCAUGCUGGCGGUAGAAGAGUAUGAAGAGAUGCAGGUUAACUUGCAACUGGAGAAGGACCUUCGAAAGAAGGCGGAGUCAUUUGCACAAGAGAUGUUCAUCGAACAGAACAAGCUCAAGAGACAGAGCCAUCUUCUGCUGCAGAGCUCUGCCCCCGACCAGCAGCUGUUGAAGGCUUUAGAAGAAAAUGCAAAACUUGUCCAGCAACUUGAAGAAGAGAGAAUUCAGCAUCAGAAGAAGGUGAAAGACUUAGAGGAGCAGCUAGAAAACGGAGCACUCCACAGAGAGAUACGCAACCUUAAACAGCAGCUGGGGCUUCUGGAAGAAGAUAAAAAGGAAUUGGAAUUGAAAUACCAAAAUUCUGAGGAGAAAGCCAGAGAUUUAAAGCAUUCCGUUGACGAGCUCCAGAAGCGGGUGAACCAGUCCGAGAAUUCGGUACCUCCGCCGCCGCCGCCUCCACCGCCACUUCCCCCUCCUCCUCCCAACCCCAUCCGAUCCCUCAUGUCCAUGAUCCGGAAGCGAUCCCAUCCCAGCGGCAGUAGUGCUAAGAAAGAAAAAGCAGCUCAACCAGAAACAACCGAAGAAGUCACGGAUCUGAAGAGGCAAGCCGUCGAAGAGAUGAUGGAUAGAAUUAAAAAGGGAGUUCAUCUUAGGCCAGUGAAUCAGACAGCUAGACCGAAGGUAAAGCCAGAAUCUUCAAAAGGCUCUGAGAGUGCAGUGAAUGAGCUAAAAGGAAUACUGGGGACACUUAACAAAUCCACUAGUUCAAGAAGCUUAAAAUCCCUUGCCACUGAAAACAGUGAGACUGAGUUAGAGAGGAUUUUGCGUCGCAGAAAGGUGACAGCAGAAGCAGAUAGCAGUAGUCCAACCGGGAUAUUAGCCACCUCAGAGUCCAAAUCCAUGCCAGUGUUGGGUUCUGUAUCCAGUGUAACAAAAACAGCCUUGAACAAGAAAACUCUGGAGGCAGAAUUCAACAGUCCGUCCCCCCCAACACCUGAGCCAGGUGAAGGCUCGUGUAAAUUGGAAGGAUGUACAAGUUCCAAGGUCACAUUUCAGCUCCUAGCUCAGAGGUCUUAUUCUGAUCCAGAGCAGAUACGUGUCGAGAGAAUCCCUUCCCCUCAACUAACGUUUGGCAACCCGGUUCUUCUGCACAGAGAAUUGACGAAUUAUUCGGUGUCACAAGGAGCUUAAUCAUUCUUCCAGGAUUAAAUGCUCGGAUCAUCCCUCUUAAUGAUUUCUGAGCCGUCAAGGAAGAUGCUAGAUCUUCCAGGAGGUAGUAGAUAUCCUCUUCACGUGUACUUUGAAGGGGACAUUUUUAGAACCUUAUUUUCUGGUCUUUCAGUCAACGGUGUGCCUUAAAUAUGGUUCCCUCUCGAGAGUGAAGAGAUCCUAUGUAAAGAGUGAUCUCUGCAGACUUGCUCUGAAAGUGGCACCCUGCCAAAGAGUAAAUCCUGCUGUUCAGUGUGCUGCGGACGGAUCCCGUGGAGGGGCGGUUUGUCUUACAGCAAAGGCAAGCUCUUCUCGGAAUUCCUCUAGUUUUGCUGUAGUUCUCUUGCCAGACGGUCAGCUGGUUUGCCACUUGAAGAAAAGGAAGAGGUGAGACAGAUCAGGUCAGCCGAAUAUUGUAAUCAUGGUUAAUUGAAACCUCAGAUUUCCUGUUCCAUCAGGAGAGAAAGAACCCUUUUCUGUAGCUGUACCUGUCCUGGUGUAAAAGGUGAAGCCUGGACAAACGAAGUGGAAAUUCAAUUUAGGUCUAUUUUUGCCAACUGGUAUUUUCUUCCACUCUUGUGUUGCUCUCGCUGAGCACGAUUAACUCCCCCCCCCCCCCUUUUGGAAUGAAUGGACUUCUUUGCCGAUUUACAGUUUUAUCUCAUUUCAUUGUGUUUAAUUAAAAGCACACUUUCUCCUGUGGUCAUGUGUUUCCUUUCUUUUGACUGGGGUCAUUUGAACUAUUCCAACAAAAAGAUGAUCUAUAUUCAUUCUUCAUCUUUCCUAUUAAAUUUGUUCAACACCUAAUUUGACAUCAACAGUCUGGCUGCAUUUGAACCAAUACCCAGACACAAAAGCAAUUUGGCCGAGACAGGUUAGUUGCUGAGAUGUGCUUCAGCGUGUGCGUAUAGAUUUUUUUUUUUCCCUUUACUAUUUUAUACAGAUAAUCUUAAUCAGAAAAUACUGCAACUCCUUCCUCCUUUUGUCUGUCUUUUAUUCUCCAAAAGUAAGUGGAAAUUACAUUUCCAAGAAAGGAAAUGAAAUAAUUGCAGGCCCAAGGUCUGCAAAAUGUGUGUUGAAUUGACAGUGAAAAGGAUCCGUGUGUUGACAGACACAGUUGUUAGAUGCCAUAAAGGCCUAAGUGAAGCUCAAUUUAUUUCUCAUCUUGCUUGUUCAAUGACUGCUUAAGAGACACAUUUCAAUUUAAUUUAGCUACUUAAAGCACUAAUACAAAUACUCUGUGCGGCUGUAUUAACUUUUAAACUUUGUAACCUAAUGCUUGAUUAUUCAGUUCUUGACAUUCUUUAGCUGAAAUAACCAAUGCCAUGUAUUUUCAUAUUGACAGUCAUUUAGCAAGGAAGAGCGCCUUUCUGAAAAAUCUGUGUCUUAAGUAUAAUUAGGCUAUCCAAAUGAAUCUGACGAUUUUGCGCAUGUACAUGGUAAUUAUUCACUUCGCAGACAGGCAUACUUCAUUUAUGUUUAAACCUAGGUUUGUUUGUUUGUUUUUUUUUUAAAUGAGCCAAAGAAGUUUAACUUAAUGCAGUUGCGUGUAAGCUUUAAAAGCAAAAGCUCAUGUGAUUUAUCAGGAUUCCCGGAAACUGGUCUGGCUGCCAGGAAUGAGAAGGGUUAUUUUCUGUCUGGCUUCGACUAUUAUUACAGUUUGCUCUGUUAUCCCAACCAUAAGGUAGAGGCAACCACAUUGUCUCAUCUCAUAGACCCACAUUGUCAAAGCACUUGAAAAUCGGAUCAGCAAUCCAAAAGUGAAAUCCAAAACUGUCUCUACUCUAAUAAUUGCGUUUUUAUUUUGAUCUGUGGCCAAACUACCGUGGUGUUUCAGCCUAAUGGCUUUUUCUAUUCUUGACGGGGAAUCAAAGUCAAGGGAGGAAAACAAUCACACUAUCCUCUAACACAUACGUUUUCUCUUUCUCUCGUUCUCACCCCUACACACACACCCAGUCCUUACCACCCUGACCCCCCCCCCCCCCCGCCCUCCCUCUCCUUUGACCUCUCUGGCCGGGUAUCUCUUCCCCCUAGCCCUUUGCUUUUGCUGUCCCCUCUGCCUUAUAUGUCCUGCCCCCAUGGCUACCUGCCAUGCUGUCUCAUCUCCAUCAUUUCUUUGCCCUAAUGUCAUCUUUUCAAUAAGGCCUACCCUGACCACCCCGUUCAAAACUGUACCUCCUGUUCUCUAAACUCUGAUUCCCCUCACCAUACUCCAUUCUUCCCCUGCUAGAAUGUCAGCUCCAUGAGGGUAGGAGUUUUUUGGUUUUGUUUUUUUGGUUUUUGUUUGUUUGUUUGUUUGUUUGUUUGGUCUGUCCACUGGUAUAUCUCAAACACCUGGGAGAAUUCUGGAAAUUCUGUAUAUACUUGUUGGACAAAUGAACAAAUGAGUCCAUUUUUAGUAUUACUAAAACAGCAGAAUAUCAAUUAAUUAGGAUACUCACUUAACCAGCAAUCCCCCUCUUACUCAGCAGCCCCACAAACACACAGGCUAAAUAUUAGAGAUUUUUGUUUCUCUAUGGUUGACUUCUUGUCUUUUUUAACAUUUUUUUUAAAUGCUCAGGGGUCAUUUCCAGUCAGCUCAAUUUUGUAGAACUUCUGCAUCUUUGUACCUACAUAAGAUCAAGUUAUCAGAGACAACAGCAUACCCAGUUAUAAAAGAAAGAUUCAGCUAUGCUCACUUCUGUGGCCUAAGGUGGACAGGAAGGAUUGAAAACCUACUAAGAAGGGUUUUAAAAGAAUAGAAACAAAGGUGUUUUCUGUGUAAGACCCUCACUUGAUCAGAAAAUUGUAACACCAAGCUAUUCCUGGAAAGUUUUUUUUUUCUUUCAAUAAAUUCCUAAAAUCAACAUAUAUGUGUAUUCCAAAUAACUGAGUAACUCCAGUCCGGUAAAUUAUAGUGCCAGCAAUAUAUGGAUUUAUUUCCUAGGGCCUUAUGGGAUGGCAAGGGAUAGCUUUAAUACUUAAUUGCAAGGAUUAAUUAAAAUUAACAUUCUUGUCACCAGCCUAAGCAGAGCAAGGGUUAUUAUUUUUAAGAAAAAAGAAGAAAAAGAAAGGAAAAGAUAAUCAAGACUUAGAGAAGCCUGAUUAUUUCUAUUUUAAUGAUAGCUUUAGAAAUAUUUGUGUCCUGUUAAUUAUUUCUAAUAAGUAUAUACUAUCUGGUAAUAAUAUCUUGAAUCUAAUAGCAAAUUUGAAUUUCAUUAAUUCUGAUUCUUUAAAAAAAAUUUGUUUAAUGUUUAUUUUUGAGAGAGAGAGAGUGCAAGUGGGGAAGGAGCAGAGAGAGAGGGGGACACAGAAUCUGAAACAGGCUCCAGGUUCUGAGCUGUCAGCACAGAGCCCAAAGCGGGGCUUGAACCCACGAACGGUGAGAUCAUGACCUGAGCUGAAGUCGGACGCCUAACCGACUGAGCCACCCAGGCACCCCAAUUCUGAUUACUUCUAAUUCAGGCAGGAAUAAUGAUAAUAAUCUCCCUUUAUGCUAUGAGGGGUAAAGAGGGGCCAAGCAAAAUAAAUAAAUAAGGAAUGCAUACAUACAUAAAUACGCAACCAGCCAACAAACCUGAUUUUUGCUUUCAUGCUCUUUUCUUUUGACAGAGUAAUCUGACCAUGUUAAAUGUAUAGUAAGACUCAUUGAUUCAAGCUGAUCUAUGGGUGGGAUGGUCAAUAUAAGAUAGGGAGAAUUCCAAAUUAUAGAUUUUUUUCAAAGAUAACUGUUUUAUUACUUCCAGGCAGCUACAAUACCCGGGAAGAGGCUGAGUGUUUCACAGGGUCAGAAAGAUGAGGAUGGUUUGUAUUUUCGCCUGGAGAAGCCUCGAGACUGGGGAGGGGUGUAGCAGGGAAACGCGGUGCGCUCGGUUUUCUAAGCCUGUGCCUUUCCAUGUGUGCAUCGGGUGGCAAGGAGCGUCAGUUCAUUGCCGGAACUGGAGCUCGACUGGGUUUGCCAUUUGUGGUCUUUAGGACCUUAGACAAGAUAUUGAGCCCGUGAUCCUGUUUCCGCAUGUGUAGAGUGAGGGUAACAACACCCACCUUGUAGGGUUGUCAUGUGACUUGCAUGAUGUAUGAAAAAUAUCUCAGUGAAUUCUUUUCUUACGUUAAAAUUGUAAUGUUGGACCAUUGCUGCAGAAUCACGGGCCAGAGUUGAGUUCAGAGCUUAGACACUGGACACCUGCGUUAUUGACUGGGCCAGGUUUCCUUGGGAAGGUCACGCAGCCUGUUUUGUUUUCUUUUUGUUGUGUGUUUUCUCAUCUAAGAUUGAGACAAGUAGAUUAGGCCCUCUCCAGAGCUCCCCAAAAGCUCUAGCUUUCCUAAGUCCUCACAAAUGUGGUUGCUUAGCAAAGAUGUUCACAGUUAAGAUAAGGAACAAGAGGGAAGCAUGUGUUUUCUGCCUGCAACGUGUCCCUCAGUAUAGAUUUAUGGUAAAACCUACAAACCCAGGAUUAUAAAAUAAUUUUUAAACUACCUUACCAGAAUUUACAAAUCCAAAUCUAAAUGAUAGUUAUCCUUCAGAGAAGUACUCUUGGGGAUCAGCAUACUCACUUGAACCCUAUGGCUGUUGUUCCAGAUGCUUUCAGACCUGCCUGGGUUAGAGGUACAUGAUCACACAGGAGAUAAAUUGGAUAGCUGGUCCUAAAAGAGAAUUAGUGCUAGCACUUCACGUGGGCAAGGACUAUUUUAAUCUCCAUUGUAUGCUCAGUGUCUGUUUCGAAAUGACUCUGGCUUUUGAAGCUGGAUUCAUUUUUUGAAAUAGUCAUCAGUUUGCCACAAUUGCAGAUGUAUAUAUACGUAUAUAUAUUUUUAAUUUUUUUAAAUGUUUAUUCAUUUUUGAGAGAGACAGAGCAUGAGCAGGGGAGGAGCAGGGAGAGAGGGAGACACAGAAUCCAAAGCAGGCUCCAGGCUCCGAGCUGUCAGCACGGAGCCCGACGCGGGGCUCAAACUCACAGACUGUGAGAUCAUGACCCGAGCCAAAGUCAGACCUGAGCUUAACCGAAUGAGCCCUCCCCAGGCACCCUGCACAGGUAUACAUUUUUAAUGUGACACAGCGUACCUGGAUAUGGGUGAAGUCAUCUUCCAUUUUAAUCCUGUGUGAAGGCCCUGAAACACGUUAGCUCCAUUAUCAAAGAAAGCAGGAGUCUAAUGCUCUUGAUGCAGGUGAGGUAAGUUGGGAAACAUUUUGGGGGUAAAAGGCUACAACAUUCCAUUGUAUACUUUUUCUCUUUUUUUUUAGUUAAUAUUUGUUAUUCUUCAUAACAUGUAUUAAAUGUUAAUACAUAUAUUCACAUUAUAAUAAUAUCUGUCCAAGAGGAGAAGUACUUUAAUUGCUACAGGCAGGAUAUAUAUGUUGAUUACAGAUGAGGCAAUGGGUCAUGGCCCCCGGUUCCACUUUGGAGGUUCUGGACUUUGGAAUUUUGCUUCCGUGAGGUUUUGCUGUGAUUACUGUAUUUCACUGACUAUUAAGCCAUAUACUUCCAUGUGUUUUUUUAAUUCUUCCGAAUGUACAGAUUGGACCUAUCUCCAUUUUACAGGUGACAAAACUGAGGCUCGUUGAGGCAAACACUUAGCCCCAAAUUCUGUUCCUAAUCAAGAGUCGGGUCAGAUUUCAUUUGAACCUGUUUCGUAUCCAACUCCAGAGCCCGUGCUUUUGAACUAUAGCCUACUGUGUUCAGCGUAUGACGAGCUUGAAGAAUGGAGGGAAGAAAAUGACUAUAAGACUGUGUUCUAUUGGAAGCAGUGAUUCUGCAGUUAAAUCACCCCACUGACCCGGUGACACUCCCAUCCUGCCACCUUGACCUGACACACUCCUAGGUAGUUCAUCUCUUUCCCGACCCCUUCCUAAGGCUAACCUAAUCAAUUACAGUACCUCUUCCCAGGGGAAGAAAGUGUUAGCCAGUAAAAUAAUUCUGAAAAAGGGAGCCAAGCCGAAUAAGCACAGAGACUUAAAGAGUAGUUAAAAAGAAAUCCUUUUAAUGUUUUUUGUGUCAAAUGUCCAGUGAAGAGGCAGGCUUCACAAAUUUUGCAAAGUACCAUAUCACAAAACCAGCCCAAGCUGCUUUAGUUUUUGGCAUCAGUUUCAUUUAUACUUUUUUUAAAAUUAUUUUUUGACAUUUUCAGACAUUUUGAAGAAUAGUUUAUUCCCAGGGAGUCAAAAAUCUUGAAAGUAAUCUGACUCUAAUCAUUGGUUUAGAAAGGUGUUUUCCUAAAUGAUAAUAUGGUAAUACAAAGAUGAAUCACUAUGAAUCUAGUUGUUUCAAAAACAUACAUUCUAUAGCCCAAAAUAAAUUUAAUUCAGUUUAUGCUGUACCUUUUUGAGACACCUCCAUCUUUGGUCAAUAACUGGUUAGCUCCUUUGAGUUUGUGCUGAAGUGUCCAUUGGACAUCGUGUUUUUAGGACAUCUGUCUUGUAAAGAGAGGCAGGACAAGUGGGCCUUCAGUAGGGACAAAGAGCUGGGCAGAGCUUAGAAAAGAGUUUUGCAUCACAGCCAGGCAGAGGCCCAACAUGAGCUCUUGUGUUCUUGCCAUCUUGUUUCUCUCUGUCUCUGGAGAGUCUCGUCUACUGGUGGUCCUGCUCAUCUGUACUGAGCUUUUAUUCAUCCGUGUUCACUUUUCCUAUUAAUCACUUUCAGGAAGGUGAAUGUCCUGACAGUUCCAACCAAACAAGGCGGUCAACCUCAAAGGUGCGUUCUCAUCUCAUGUAGUUACUUCUACAAGACCUUGUUUCAAAGGGGAGAACCCAUGUGAAAGUGAACUCAGGUUCCGUUGUGAUUGGUGUGCUUCGCAGCGAUUUCAUAGCUGGGUCUUCAUCUCUCGGCCCUCAUUCUCAAAGAUCCUGUGAAAACCCCAGUCACCAGAGACUCUUCCAGUUAAAGCUUCUCUCACUCAUCAUGCUUCUUUUCAAACCCCAAUCUCCCCCCAAAAGUCCAAGCUUCAUCAAGCUCUUCUACUUUCCAACCACCAGACAAGGCUGCUAGCUUGGCUUUUUUGUUUGGGAGGUCAAAACAGGCCACGCUGUGCCCUACACGAAUUUCAAAAACAAAAACCCGUGAGGCGGUGACCGGAGUUCAAUUUCAGCAGAAAAAUGUCCGUUGCCAAUGAAACCAUUUUUAUUGUAAUUUGCAUUUAAUUUCUAGAUCUGCAGUGUCUCUAAAUACAUGUGUCUUUUGUCCCCACACAGAUUUAUUUUUGUAAGAGUUCAUCUUGUUUGAGCCAUUAACUAAAUAGCAAAGGGUAGAUGAUGAAAGAUAAAAUUUUAGAUGUCUCUUGGUUAGUGCAAUCAGUCAAACAUUUCCAUGAAAGAAAAAAAAUCUAAUUGCCUUUCAGGUUUUACAUUAAAAGUAAAAUUGAUUUUAUCAUCA